CAUUAUGUCUGACCUCAUAGCCAGUGUGUGUUAUUUGAGUGUGUGUGCGUAUAAAUGGACCUCUGCCCCUCAGUGGAGGACAGUCGUCAACAUCUGGCCUGACAUCUUCAACAUGAAGGUUUAUCUUCUCCUGCUGCUCCUCCUGCCGCUCAUUUCAGCACAACAGUUCACCAUCGAGUGUCACGGCUUCGACGACUACAUGGUCAACCUGAAGCUGAAAUGUCAGAGCAGCAACGUGCAACAAGCCUGCUACACAAGAGACAACGGCGAGAAGGGAUGCAUUACGGUUGACAAGUGCUCCCAACCCGGCUGGACCUGUUGCCAUAGCAACCUGUGCAACGAGUGAAGGCAGAGAUGCACUGAAUAAAACUGAAUAAAA